UGCUUCUGAGGAUGCUCCCAUCCUAUCAUCACCAUGUGCAAAAAUAUGAGAACACGCUGAUCACCAAGUUUUUUGGCCUUCACAGGAUAAAGCCUUCUAGUGGUCAAAAGUUUCGCUUUGUUGUAAUGGGGAAUAUGUUUUGCACAGAGCUCAGGAUCCAUAGAAGGUUUGAUCUAAAAGGUUCUUCAUUGGGACGUUCAGCAGACAAGGUUGAAAUUGAUGAGAACACAAUACUUAAAGAUCUGGACUUGAACUAUUGCUUUUUUUUAGAACCUUCAUGGCGUGAAUCCCUUCUGAAGCAGAUUGAAAUUGAUAGCAAAUUUCUGGAAUCACAGCACAUAAUGGAUUAUAGCCUUUUGCUGGGGGUUCACUACCGAGCUCCUCAACACCUAAGAUCUCUCAUGUCGACCAGCAGACGGAUGACGGCAGAUGGACUGGAAAUUGUUGCAGAAGAAGAGGCUAUGGAGGAUGAAAUAUCUCCACAAGGCCUCAUACUGGUCCCUCGUGGUGGUGAUGACAAUGGUGUUGUCGUGGGUUCCCAUAUUAGAGGUAGCAGAUUACGGACAUCGUCUGCAACUGGCAAUGAGGAAGUGGAUCUUCUCCUUCCCGGUACAGCAAGCAGGCUCCAGAUCCAGCUUGGAGUUAAUAUGCCUGCAAGAGCAGAGCAUACUCCGGGAAAUGAUGACAACCAGAUAUUUCACGAGGCUUAUGAUGUUGUUUUGUAUCUGGGCAUCAUUGACAUAUUACAAGAGUACAACAUAACCAAGAAGAUAGAACAUGCAUACAAGUCUAUCCAGUUUGAUUCCAUUUCCAUAUCUGCCGUGGAUCCUACUUUCUAUUCCCAGAGGUUCCUGGAAUUUAUUCAGAAGGUGUUCCCUCCAAAUACAGUAGCAAAUUAGAAAAUUUAGGCCCGGAAUUGGUCUUUUCCUGCUGGUGGAAUUUGUCCUCUCAGUGCCUUGACAACAUGAUACAGCGCAAAGAAUAGUGGAACGUUUUGAAGUCUAGCUCUUUCCUUGUUUGCGAUUUUUCCAAUCUGUGGUUGUUGAUUGCUUGAAGAUUACGUCCGGUGCUGUAUGUAUUUAGAAUUUAUUCCCACGGUGAUACAUCUCUUGUUCAACGAAAAAUGCUUCUCUUGACAAAUCUGUUUUACAGCUGCUGAACCAA